CGUACCGCUGACAUACAUCUGUUUCGAUUCGAAUUAAUACGAAUAAGAAAGUAAUUUUUGAAGUCUAGUAUUUUUAGUGUACAAUUGAAGUGAAUAAUUAGGUUAAUUACCUGCUCAUUGACAUUGAAGAUUUAAAAGAUAAAUAUUUUUUAAAUUAUAAACAGUUUUUUUUUUUGGAUUUCCUUUUGUGUUACAGUUAAAGUGUUGUGUUGUGUUGUUUUUGUGAAUAGUGGAUUUGAGAAAUAAUUUUGAAAGAUAAGUGUGGUGCAGUGCAGUGCAGUGCGAGUGUGAUGUGGGAAGCCUGAGCAUGGAGAGUGGCUUGCCUGCCUCGGACGCCGACGACGGCCCGCCCGGCUCGUCCGGCAGCGGAUCCUCGUCCGGCACCGGCUAUUAUCAUAAAAACGGUGAAUGGCGCGGUGAGCGUCGACUACUGGACAUUACGAGAGACAAACCUGUGAAACUGUGCGUUCGAGUCGCGGUCCCCGUGAGGGACCACCCUAAGUUCAACUUCGUUGGAAAACUGUUGGGCCCCAAAGGCAACUCCUUGAAGAGGUUACAAGAAGACACGCUGUGUAAAAUGGCCGUGCUCGGCCGUGGCUCUAUGAAAGACAGACAGAAGGAAGAAGAACUCCGAGUGUCAGGUGACCCGAAGUUCUCACAUCUGGCAGAGGAACUUCACGUGGAAGUCAGCGCGUUCGCGACGCCCGCCGAGGCGCAUGCGCGAGUGGCGUAUGCUUUAGCUGAACUGCGGCGGUUUCUAGUACCCGAUUACAACGACGAUAUCAGACAAGAGCAGAUGCUGGAGAUGCAGCUGCUCGCGCAGGCGCCGCGCUCCCCGCCCGCCGCCUCCCCGCGCCCCACGCGCCUCAGCCCCGCGCCCGAGGAACACAAGCACAGGGCAGCAGGUUUGGCGUGCGCGCCGCUAGGUGGCGCCACUCGCGACUACUCGCCCCCGCUGCCCGCGGCGCCCGACCACCAACACCAUCAGCUAGCGGCGAGCCACGGAGUUCUGAUGGGAGGAGUGCUGCCGCCGCAUCUGCUACACAACUCUAUACUAGGUACUAACGGCGGGGAGCUGCUGGGGCUGGGCUCCCCCGUGCUGCGGGGGGUGCUGCGCCCCCCCGCCGCCGCGCCCGCGCCUCAAGGUGCGGCUGGGGCUGCGACGGGUGCGGUGGGGCGCAAGCGCCCCCUGCUGGGCGCCGCGCGCACUAACAUGUCCCCCACCAAGCGCGCCGUCAUCACGCUGUUGGCUAGAGCCCGCGCCGCCGCGCACCGCCGUCCGCCCGCGUGGCGCCACGAACACGGCGCGUUACUGCCUCUGCUGCGCGAAGAAUUCGCAGCGGCGGCCGGCGCGCCGCGCGUCAACCUCGCGUAGUUGACGCGGCACAACCGCAACAUUGACGCUGAAACCAUAUAAAAUGUACCGGCUAUUUCCAUACGAAGUAUGGAACGGUUAAAUCCACGUAAACGUAACGCGAGUCACGACUUCAUUGGGUGUUUAUUUGAACUACGGCUGUAGGCCUAGCACAUGAUGGCCGUGAGAUAGACGACACGUCUUCUUCUAACUUUAUUAAUGACAUAAGGAUGGGUAGUAUCAUAAGAUAAGUUCACCUUUGUACUGAAACUUUUUAUUUUAAAUAUUAUGUGCUGUAUUCUUUUC